AAAGCCUCGAGUAUUGCGCUGGUACUCCGGGAUAUGGCACGACUUCAAUUCGCGGCGAAAUCAGGCGGCGAAGGAGAAAUUGAAGCGAGGUCGUUUUCCGCUGUUGUGCUAAUGAUUCAAUGAAAGACCCCAUGAUAGUCCUAUAAGGAUAAAGACUAUGCACAACCAGGCGUACGUGUUUUAUGUUGGAAUAUAUUAUAUAUGUACCAGGGAGGGAGGCCCCCCCCUGUGGAUGGAUCUGGGGCGGACCACGCCAGAGGGGUCCAGCCUUGCCGCCUUUGCCUGGUCUGUAGGGUUGGGCACAUGCAACACGCCAGAGGGGUCCAGCCUUGCCACCUUUCCCAGGUCUGUCGGGUGCAUGCCGCGCGCCAGAGUGGUCCAGCCUUGCCACCUUUGCCAGGUCUCUCGGGUACAUGCAACACGCCAGAGGCGUCCAGCCUUGCCACCUUUGCCAGGUCUGUCGGGUACAUGCAGCACGCCAAGGGGGUGGGCCCCGCCUUGCCUCCUCUGUCAGCUCUGUCGGGUACCUGCAACACGACAAGAGGGCCCAGCCCUGUCAGGUCUGCCGGGUACAUGCAACAAGCCAGCGGGGUCUUGCCUUGCCUCCUUUGCCAGCUUCAAAGCCCUCCGGUUUGGUGGCGCUCUAGGGUACAGGCAAGAAGCGGGAAGGGGUCAGAGGUGGGCGCUUUGAGGCCUUCCCGCCCGGCAGCCCCUCGAAAAGAGGGCCCGGCGCUGGGAGGCCCCCCCUCAAAAAGUUAGAUCGGGGGGGCUCGCUCCAGCCCGGAGCCUUGGAACAUUAUGUGUCCCAGGGCGCGGGGUGACGGCCCCCUCGGGAGGGGCGGGCGCCCUGGACCCCUUUUUAAGGCGUCUGCCGGGGGGGAAGGCCUCAAAAGGGGGCCCAGUGACCUCCCCCCUCCGCUCCCUUCCAGCUGCCUGGCUGUUCCCCCGGGGCCUCCGAUCAUGGUGAUGGGAGGCUUCAAAAGGGGCCCAAGGGAUCGCCCGCGCCCCCGUCCAGGUGCUUGCUUGUGCCCAAAGUGCAUCCGCUAGGCUUCGCCGCCGCAGCCGUGCCGCCUGUACCCUCUGGGGCCUUGGUCAUCGGCUUGCUUGCGACCGUGGCCGCUUUCGGCGGCCUUUUACCCCGGAGACCUCCCGCCUGCGAGGGUCAGCAGAGGCCAGGAGGCCCCUCAGGACUACGCUGAGAGGCCCAAGGGGAGGCCCGCGCCAAGUUUUGACGCCUUCCACCACUAGAAUCCGCGAAAAAUCCGCGCGGAAAAGCGCGCGCGCGCCACCACAGACCAGACCACAGGGGGGGCCGUCCGGCCCUGAGUCAUAUAUAACAACGUGGCGAUCUGCUUCUGCGUCGACCCAUUUUCGUCACAGACCACAGCUCUGGUUUUUUUUUUGGUGUCGCUCUUGGUUCUGAUCAUUUUUCCAUUUCCAAUAUCUAUACACGCAGGCGGGGUCGAUGGGAGUUGUUGCGAGACCGUUUACCUGUCACAGCGAGCAAUGCAGAAUUAGCGGAGUUAGCCGACCACUUAGCACCUUUAAUUGGCAUCUACACCAAGCCGAAUCUUGUUUCAGUGUCUGGACGCGAUACCCAGAGUGAUUUGCACCAGAG